CGAGACUGGAGCUUGAACCCCACGCAACGCGAGAAGGCAUCGUCAUCACGAACGUUUGUGAGACACGGCUGCGAACUGGUUUCAACGUGGAAGAAUCAUGAAGACCACAACCAUCACGGACAUCACCGACCGCCACACCACCGUGCGGAAACGAUAGGUUGAUUCGGAGAGGAGGACGAUAUCGUCGGAUCAAAAUGUCUCACGUCCGGCUGUUCCACCGUCGAUACCAGACGCGCGAGCAGAGGCUGAUCGCUAUUCAGCAGGCAGCCAUGGCUGCGAGUCGGGGCUACCACUUAUCGCGGGACAUGAAGACCCUCUUGGCCAAUCUGUCUCCUGCAGAGAGACGCCUCGUCGCCAUCAAAAACAACCUACAGGUGACCCCAGGCAGUCCCGUGCCUUAUCGCCGCAUGCGGUCCCAGUCUGUCGUGUGUCCACCACCGUCACCUGAGCAUGUCCAGCGAAAGGUGGAACGUACUCGGUCUCUGUCAGUCAGCGAAACGGGUUCCCGACACGGGCAGCUUGUCAGACAACUUACUGAGCUCGAAGAAGAAGAUCGCUUCAGAACAUAUGCUAACCAGGUUUACAUCCUGUUUGCCGUCCUUGUGGCUGUCGUAGCAGCUGUUGCAUUUUACACUUUCAUGGGUAUUCACCAGAAGCAAAUGGACCACGGUGACAAACUUUCCGAUGAAAACUGAAACCCUGCAAGACCUGCACAAAGGGGUGAAGAAGAUCACUCUGGAACUAGGCUACUAGGUGUGUCUGUGCCACAUUUCAACAACAGGCACCUCCUGGACUUCCACCUGGCUCACCAUCAUCACUUCCAAGAUCACCCAAGCGGAGAAGCUUGGUCACUACUCAGGCCUGGCACAGAGCAAUGGCAAAGAAAAGAAAGGCAGUACGUUGCAGCCGCAAUAUAAAAUGAGCAUGCCCAGAUUCAGACGCACGUGUCAGACUGACAGGCGUACUACCCGACACCUCCUUCAGCCCAUCGAUGUGUGUGAGCACCCACUACACGCCCGUAGAAUCUUUCUGCAAUCCAGAGUAACACUGUCGUGUACAGGAGUAAUGAUGCAAAAAUAUUUACAGUGUGACCUCCCAAGUUUGCGUUGCCAUCUGACAUACUGUCGGCCACAUUUAUGAUGACAAUUGCUCAUAGAAAGCUAAGUCUGGUAACACAAUCAAAAUGAUGUUCAGGGUUGAUCUUGACACUUGUUAUUCUGGUAAGCAGGUUGUCUUGUGGAUGACAGCAACAAUUAUGAUGUGUGGGACAGAAUUUACAACUCUUAUUGAGGAGAGGAGCAACAUGUGAAUGAAUGAAAUUGAGGUGCUCUCAGCAAAUGGAGAAAGAAGCUAAAGCAAGGCUGAAUUAAUAAGGUUUACGAAAAGAUCUACCUCGCCAAAGUUACUCACGGUAAAUACUUUAGAGUCUAAAAAGGUGACUAUUGAAUACACCAUUCACGGUUCACAGUUCCCAUAGUGUAGUCGUCAGCAAACCUGAUUGUAACCACACAUUUUCACUUUUGCAAGUUCAUAAUUGGCCAGAUUUCCUUUCCUUCAGAUAUCCUUCUUUUUUUUUAAUGUAUGUACUACUAUAAUUAAAUCUGGUGCUACUGAACAGCAAAAAGACAUUUGACGAACGCCCACACCAGGUGCACAGCCAAUAUCAUAUUUUCUAUGACCUAGAAACUGUAUAAAUAUAUGCAAAACAAGCCACCUUCCAGCCUCCAAACUUGUUCAAAUGUGCCCUACAAGACAAAUGUGCAGACGUGAAAAGCCUGCGCUGUGUUACGCUCAAUUUUUGCAAGUGUGUUACAUAUCCCAUUUCUUAUGCCAAUGCCCCUUUGUGUUAUCCUAGCCUUUCUAUCGUCCAGCACAGUCGUUUCGGGAUAACGGCUGUCGUUACACAUUGCAACAUGCUAAGCAAUACUUUUCAACCUAUGUUGGAUGACACAAACAAAGAUCAGCGUAGGUGAUUAUCUCUGUGAAGAAUCUCCAUGGCUCAUUAUCGACAAUGAGGGACCAAAAGCUAAUUGAUCAUUUGUUAUGCAUUGUACUAGUAAUAUCUUGCACUGUGGUGGAGAGACAAGUUAUGUUCAAGUUAAGUCAAUGAAAUGGCAUCAAAUGUGUCCCCCAAGCCCAUAGAUGAGUAAUGUCAGUAUGUCGUAUUUUUCUAAACUUCUCUCCAG